UGAUUCACUCGACUUUCUUCUCAUCACUACGACUGCUGCAGUCACGCACCAAAGAUGCCACCUCGCCAUCAUCCGUAUGCAGGCUAUAGCUACGAUGCCAGUGGUGGACCAUCCAGGCGUCCACCACUACCACAUCCUCCUCGCCCUCCUCCGCCUGGCGGUGGCUACGAUCCAAACUCCUCCGCUUCGACUGCUCCAUACCAUCAGCCUGCCUCGCCUCCCGGGCCCAUGAGAUUUGGUACAUCUACGCCUGCUGCGCCACCUGCCCCUUAUUCAUACCCUCGUCCUCGUCCUUCCCACGCCUCUUCACCGCCACCACCUCGUCCACCAGUCCAUUUCGACGGAUCCUUGCCCCCGCCGCCCAGACCCAUGGGACCGCCCAUACACAUGAAUGCUGCGCCUCCGCCGCCAAGACCCUUCGCAAAUCCGCCUUUCAGCGGAGCAAACGACCCAUAUCGUCCCUUGCCUGCCGCAGAUGAUGCCUACAAUCCCUAUGGUCCGCCGCCCUCGCACCCGCCUGGAGACCCGUAUGCCUUUGGCACCCCUCAACAGCAAGGUUAGCUUUCCUCUGUCGCCGUGGUCAUUGAGGUUUACUCCACACUCGCAGAUGUUGAAAGGGUCUCGCUGAAGCUGCGCUGUAGCCAUGCCGAGAUCACGCCGAUGUCUCACGCUGAGGUUGAAGGUCAAUGCGUCUUGGUGACCCGU